CUCUCCCUAUCAUCCUUGAGUCACAAGAAACCCUAUAAGCUUGUUUUUUUCAUCUCUCUUUCGUUAGUUUCCACCAAUCUUGUUGAUCUCAUGAGAGCACAUUAUUGUAUCUGAAUGAUCUGAAAAUAAAAUCUGGGAUUUUUGCGGGAUUUUAGCCGAUUUAGAUUGGAUCUCAAAGUAAACAGAUCAUUUCUUGUUCUCUACGGAACCUCCUUUAAGAGCAAAUUCAAACAUGUAAAAAAAGAAAGAAAGAAAGAAAUAGAACAAGCAAAGGGUGAAUACAACAGAUGGACAAAGUCCAGGAACAAGCAGAUAUUAUCGGAAAGAAGAUAUCUCCGUUUGUUUCUUCACAUCAACCAAACCUCGCAGGAUUCACUGAUCACAAAAUCCUUGGCGGUUCCCAAACGACACAGCCUCCAGUAACCUCACCUCCUUCUCCUCCAUCCCCGGACAGUGCUGGUGGCGGCUCACAAUCAUCUCCCCCACCUGUAACUGUUUCUCCUCCACCAUCGGAUCAACCUCCUGCUACAACUGAUCCACCUCCAAAGCCUCCUUCUUCGCCUCCACCUUCUACAACACCACCUCCUUCACCUCCUCAGCCUCAACCUCCGCCUCAGUCCACCACAUCCGGAGAUUCUCCCGUGGUGAUUCCUUCUCCAAAGCCUCAACUUCAACUUCCUCUUCCUGCUCUUCUUCCUCCAACCUCAGUUACUCAGCAACCAGAGGCCAGACCUAACGAUAACGGCCAAGAACUACCCAACAACCCUAUUUCUCCACCGUCUCCACCUUUAAACCCUUUAUCACCGCCGUCCGGUAGCCAAGACUCUCCUCCAUUUUCAUCUCCAUUUCCUCCGGUUAUCUCGCUAAACCCUAAUCUCCCAAGAAACCCUUCACAACCUUUGGACUCACCUCCCGCAGGAGGAUCAAAUCGUGUGCCCUCCUCGUCCUCUUCUGUCCCCUCUCCUGCUUCCCUCUCCGGCUCAGACAACAACUCCGGAGGUUCUAAUAGACAUAAUGCAAAUAUUAGUGGAAAUGGUGGCAACAAUGAAACUAACUUCACCGAGAAGACAUUGAUCGGUGUUGGGAUCGCAGGUGUCUUGGUCAUUAUAAUCAUUGCUGCCAUCUUCUUCUUUAGAAGGAAACAAAAGAAAUCUUCUUCCCCUCGGUCUAACCAGCAGUAUUUGCCACCAGCUAAUGUCUCCGUUCAUACAGAGGGAUUCAUUAACUACAGGCAAAAACCUGGAAAUGGGACCAGCUCGGCGCAGAACUCUUCAACGAAUACUAACAACAGUUUAGGGAAUCAAAAACCAGGUCGAGCAACCCCUGACUCCGCAGUAAUAGGGACUUCAAAGAUUCCUUUCACCUUUGAGGAGCUAAGCGAGAUAACAGAGGGUUUUUGCAAGAGAUUUGUCAUAGGAGAAGGUGGGUUCGGGUGCGUCUACAAGGGUAUCCUUAGCGAGGGAAAGCCAAUCGCGAUUAAACAGCUAAAAUCCAUCAGCGCAGAAGGAUACAGAGAGUUCAAAGCUGAAGUAGAGAUCAUAAGCAGAGUGCAUCAUAGGCACUUGGUGUCUCUUGUGGGUUAUUGCAUCUGUGAGCAACAUAGGUUCCUUAUAUAUGAGUUUGUCCCCAACAAUACUUUGGACUACCAUUUACAUGGCAAAGACUUACCGGUUUUGGAAUGGACUAGAAGAGUGAAGAUUGCAAUAGGCGCAGCCAAAGGACUUGCUUAUCUACAUGAAGAUUGUCACCCGAAGAUCAUCCAUAGGGACAUCAAAUCGUCAAAUAUUCUAUUGGAUGAUGAAUUUGAAGCUCAGGUAGCAGAUUUUGGACUUGCCAGACUGAACGAUACUGCACAAUCCCACAUAUCGACACGUGUCAUGGGCACUUUUGGGUAUUUAGCGCCAGAAUAUGCAUCAAGCGGGAAACUAACGGACAGAUCAGAUGUGUUUUCAUUUGGAGUUGUGCUACUCGAACUCAUCACCGGCCGCAAACCUGUUGACACCUCUCAACCUCUGGGUGAAGAAAGUCUCGUUGAAUGGGCACGUCCGCGGCUAAUCGAGGCCAUUGAGAAAGGUGACAUCAGCGAAGUAGUGGAUCCACGGCUGGAGAAGCAUUACAUGGAAGAAGAAGUCUAUAGGAUGAUCGAGACGGCAGCUUCUUGUGUUAGGCAUUCAGCACUAAAACGACCUCGUAUGGUUCAGGUUGUAAGAGCUCUGGACACGAGAGACAACUUGUCGGAUCUUUCAAACGGAGUCAAAGUGGGUCAAAGUACGGUCUACAACUCUGGUCAAUACAGUAAUGAGAUUCGUAUGUUCAGAAGAGCCUCUGAAGAUUCAUCGGAUCUCGGUACUAGUAACGGCUACUACAACACAAGCCAAGACUACACGAGCCGUGAACUUGAGAGCCGAUCCUUCAACACAAGUCGCCAAACAAACCUGUGA